UUGGGAGUCCUGAGGCGGAGCGAGGCUCGCUGCCGCCGGCUCCUCUGGCUGCUGACAGGGAGGCGAGGCGAGGCGAGGCGAGGGCGGGCCUCACGCCGGGCCGCUGCGGUUACCUGGCAGCACAGGACUGUGUCCUUAGCGGACUCUGAAUGGAUCGUGCUGUUGCUGCUACCACUUUGGCCCUGGGAGGCCUCUCAGUCUGGCUCUUCGCACUACUGGGAACUCUAACAGUGGUUUUUGUGGCAGCUCAGAAACUGGGAUUAAUCUACCGGCUUUGGCAUCAGGUGGACACCAAGAGCCCUCGGCAUGGUGGGGAGAGUGUAGCAGAAGUGUUGAAAGCCCAUGGUGUGCGCCAUAUCUUCACUUUGGUGGGAGGACACAUCUCUCCCAUUCUGGUGGCCAGCGAGAAGCUGGGCAUUCGUGUUGUGGACACAAGGCAUGAAGCUACAGCUGUAUUUGCAGCAGAUGCGAUGGCCAGGCUCUCAGGGACAGUGGGAGUCGCUGCAGUGACGGCAGGACCGGGAGUCACAAACACUGUGACUGCUGUGAAAAAUGCCCAGAUGGCAGAAUCUCCCGUGCUGGUGAUUGGAGGGGCAGCUGCCACUCUGCAGAAGGGUCAAGGUGCUCUCCAGGAUAUUGACCAGCUGUCUCUCUUCAAGCCCCUCUGCAAAUUCUGUGCUUCAGUGAAGACUGUGCGGGAGAUUGUCCCUGUGCUGCGAAAGGCCAUGGCCAUUGCUCAGUGCGAUACUCCAGGUCCUGUAUUUGUGGAGUUCCCUUUGGAUGUGUUGUACCCCUAUCAUCUGGUCAAGAGGGAGAUGCUGAAAGCUGAGGCUCCCAAGGGUCUGGUGGGAAAGCUUGUUAACUGGUAUCUGCAGAACUAUUUGGCGAACCUGUUUGCUGGGGCUUGGGAGGUGAGGGACAUUUCACCUCUGCCGGUAAACGUACCACAUGCCACAAAGGAACAGGUGCAACAGUGUGUGGAGCUCAUCAGCCGAGCCAAGAAGCCAGUCAUCCUUCUUGGCAGCCAAGUUACUUUGCCUCCAACACCUGUAAAGGUACUCAGAACUGCCUUAGAAGAACUGGGGAUUCCGUGCUUCUUGGGUGGGAUGGCCCGUGGCAUGCUGGGAAAGAAUAGUCCACUGCACAUCCGUCAGAAUCGCCGAGAGGCACUCAAGGAGGCAGAUGUGGUCAUUCUGGCAGGUACCGUCUGUGAUUUUCGCCUGUCCUUUGGGCGUGUCCUGAGCAAGCGCAGCAAAAUCAUUGCCAUUAACAGAGACCGUCCACAGCUGCUAAAGAAUGCACACUUAUUCUGGAAACCCCACUUGGCCAUUAGAGCGGAUGCUGGCUCCUUCUUGGUGCACUUGAACGAAGGGCUUAAGGGAUAUUCCUGCCCCCGGGAGUGGGCCCUGAGCCUGAAGGAGAUGGAUCGGGCGAAGGAGAAAAUAAACAGGGAGAAGGCAGAGGAGCCAACGGAGCGGUACCUCAACCCACUGAAGCUACUGCACCGUGUGGAUCACUUGCUUCCUGAAGACAGCCUGCUGGUGGUAGAUGGGGGUGACUUUGUGGGGAGCGCUGCUUAUAUUGUGCAGCCUACUGGUCCGCUGGCAUGGCUGGAUCCAGGAGCCUUUGGGACCUUGGGAGUUGGUGGCGGGUUUGCCUUAGGAGCCAAGCUCUGCAGACCAGAAUCUGAGGUCUGGAUUCUUUAUGGAGAUGGCUCUCUUGGGUUCAGCGUUAUGGAAUUUGACACCUUUGUGCGACAUAAGACGCCCGUCAUUGCCCUGGUGGGGAAUGAUGCCUGUUGGAGCCAAAUCUCCCGAGAGCAAGUCCCAAUGCUGGGUAGUAAUGUAGCAUGCGGCCUGGAUUACUUGGAUUACCAUGUGGUGGCUGAAGGCUUAGGUGGGAAAGGAUUUCUCCUUACCAACCAAAAUGAAGAGCAAAUGGAUGACGUUAUCAGGGCCGCGCAGUCUGAGUGCAGGAGUGGACGGCCUGUCCUCAUCAAUGCCCUCAUCGGGAAAACAAACUUUCGUGAAGGGUCCAUUGCUGUCUAGAGGUUAAGUGGGGCCCACGGAACGCGAGGGCUGGCCACGUAGCCAAGAUCUGCAUCUGCUUGAGACUCGGCUGGAUUGCUCCUGGGCAAGCAGGUGGGCCAACAGAAAGGGUUGGCCUUUUGAGUUGGCAUCAGGGCUGCCUGGAAGGCUCCCCCUCCCUUGGCUCAAGAGGGCCUUUUGGGGCCUUUUCUGCAGGUAUCAAUCUGCCUUAAUUUUUUUAAUCCUUCAGUCCUGCUGAAGCCUUUGCUUGUAGCUUGACCUCUGGGUAUCGUCCAAGGCAGCAAUAGAAUUAACCAGUUCCUUGAGAAACUGCCUGGGUCUGCUUUUGCAGUUUCCUUCCACGUCUCAGUAUGUGGCUCUCAUGGGGCAGCUGAUGCUCCCCAGCCUGGCUGCCAGACACAUGUGUGCUCACCCGUGCAUGGGCGGGAAGAGUUCAGAGGCCUCAUGUUUGCGGUGACCACUGGAGUGGAAAAGACUUGAUCAAAAGAAUCAGAAAUAAAUCUAAGCUGUUGAAUAUGCA